AUGAGUAUCAGUACAGGGUCACCGGCCUGGCAUGCAAUAAAUAACUUAUUAGAGUACGUAACCACAGAGCCCGGCGAACAUGCAGUCCGUGGACAGAGAAAAGAUUUUACAUGGAUCCUGGAGCUUUGUAACCCUGAGACUAGAGAAAAUGCCUUACUGGAGCUUAGCAAAAAACGUGAGAAUGUACCAGAUUUAGCCCCUAUGUUGUGGCACAGUUUUGGUACCAUUGCUGCGCUUCUGCAAGAAAUCACCAAUAUCUACGUGGCUAUGAUUCCGCCAACUCUCACGGCUCACCAAAGCAACAGGGAAGAUAAUUCAACUAAACACUGGUUGGCUCAGCUCAUUAAGAAUUUGGAAGCUCAGCCCACACCGGCCAGUCCAGCCCCACAGAACAUGUACAAAACAAGAUGA